AGAAGUGGCAUCGCCACCAUUCGCUCCAAGCAGCUGGAUUCCUCGGCCUGCGCGCAUCGGGAGCUCGCCUGAUCGUUCGUUGGAGAAAAACUCCGACCAGCUCUGAGUGAACUCGAGGAUUUCCAUCGAAUUUUCCUCUCGUCACAGUGGCGGACAUCACUCGGCUGUGACCUACUCUCGCGCAGAAGUGCCGCAUUCCGAAUGGGCUCGAGAACUCUGUUGACAUCUGAGCUCGGUGGGAAAGUGCACCCAAUUUGAUUAUCGUGUGGAGAAAUCGGCUCUGGUCCGUAUCGUAUCUGGCGUGCCGCAUUGUUUGUGUCGGUUUGUGCGCAUGGACGAGAAGGACUGUGGCCUCGAAGAGCCGCGUCAAGAGUGGUAAUCGCAUCCUGGGAAAUUCCUGACUGCGAGUCGAUUGAGGAAUAGUCCGACCAGGUUCUUCACUGCCUCUGGAAGACUACGACCGAGGAGAUAGUACUCGAGUCAAAUCCAACAGGAAGGAAGCAUGGCGAGCACCAGCAGAUCUCCUCUCGCAACGGCGAGUGACAGUUUGGGAAAAGACCUCGACAAAAAAGACGUUGACUCGUACUUGACGUCCCCUCGACGUCGAUCGGUCGUAAUCGACGACGACCGCUGUGUGGAGAUUCCCAUUCAAAUGAAUCCUCAAUUGGACGCGUCCAAAUUGCGUUCCGUUGCGGGUCGUCCCCCAACCCCGAUUCCCAGCGACGAAGAGGAAGACGAAGACGAUGAAAAAGACUCCCCCACGUGCGAAGAAGGCAAGUUCGGCUUGGAGGACCGAGACGGUAUUGGAUGUCACAACGAGGAACUCAAAACCCCCGAGAAAGCGGGUGCCGCAACGAAUUGCACCGACGACUCUCUUCAUUAGGUACAGCCGACCGCCGUAGGAUCGAAACAUCGUGUUCCAUCGUGCGUCUCUAUUCGGAUCACUCAUGUUGAUACAGCACCGCGGAAAUCUGAUACAGGAGCAGAUUCCGAUGAAUGACGGAGCGAGACUGCGAGACUCAUCGCAGCAGCUCAAUAAACCGAAAGUGACAUAUGUACGUUUAUCGAGCAACAUUCGCGAAGACAUUUCCACGUACACGACUGAGCGAUCAGCGAACGAGUGGAGGCCUCUGGGGAGGCUGAAUGACGAAAAUCAAAAGCUCGAAAUCUGAGACGCUCCGUUGCCGUUCGAACUGGCCGAAUGUUCCUUCGAUAGGAAAAAUGGAGGGAAUGGUGAUUAUACCUGUCAAAUGUUACCUCCUUAAUAAAAUUGAAAAUCUAUGUU